AUGAGCAAGCCUAUUGAUAUUCCCGAUACCUCCGAAGAGGUGUCGCAGAUCGAUCUCGUUUCGCCCACUUUCACGCCAACGGAGUCUCAGGUGGGAACCCCCGACGCUAUCCCCGUCACAGAAGAAGAGUCGGGAGCACCAGUACUCAAGCUCUCGGCCACACUCCCAGAGGUCGAGUGUCUGGUGCGAGCCAGAAUCCCCACCACCAACGGAACCGAGAUCUUCCUUCAUCUGUACACCAACAAUGUCGACAAGAAGGAACAUCUGGCUAUUGUUUUCGGAAACCACAUCAGAUCAAAGUCUUUGGACCGGCCACGAGAAGGCGAGACUGAGAUGGACAGAAUGACCCGAGGGGCUUACACAGGCCGACUCUUCCCUGGAAGACAGUCUUCCAAGGAAGGAGUCCCCUCCACCCGAACCCCAGAGCCCGCUUCCAAGGCUCCAGACACGACCCUGGUGCGAAUCCACUCCGAGUGCUACACUGGUGAGACAGCCUGGUCUGCCCGGUGUGACUGUGGAGAGCAGCUUGACGAGGCAGCCAGGCUUAUGGGAAACAAAAACUCCGGUGUCAUUGUCUACCUGCGACAGGAGGGACGAGGAAUCGGUCUGGGGGAGAAGCUCAAGGCAUACAACUUGCAGGAUCUCGGUGCUGACACUGUACAGGCCAACCUGAUGCUCAAACAUCCCGCUGAUGGUCGAGACUUUGGCCUGGCAACUGCUAUUCUGCAGGAUCUGGACCAGACUAAGAUCCAGCUGCUCACCAAUAACCCCGACAAGAUUGCCGCAGUUGAGGGACCUAACAAGGAGGUCACCGUGGUGGAACGUGUACCCAUGGUUCCUCUGGCCUGGAAGGACAAGUCCAAGGGUAUUCACAGCGACGAGGUGGACGGCUACCUCCGGACCAAGAUUGAGCGUAUGGGACAUCUUCUCAGCGAACCCAUGGCAAAAUAA